AUGGCCGCCAACAAGCGUAUCUCUAAACAAGAGCGAUACUAUUUUCACAACAAUUUAGCGAUUUUGUUGAAGGCUGUCGAGGGACAGAAAACGACCGUAGAUUUUCGAAAUGAAGCCUGUAUCACUGGGUUCGUUGAUCAAGUCGACGGCUACAUGAACAUUGUGAUGAAAGAAUGCACUUUCGUUGAUCCGAGGGGUGACUCUUUCAACUACGAUAUCUUCUUCGUACAUGCUCGCAAUAUACGCUACGUCCAUAUCCCGCCGCAGAUACGGAUAAUCCCUGCUAUCGAGGAGCAGCUGAGAAAGCUGCGGGCAAGACCGACAGAAGUGCAAAGCACCAACCGAACAUGGAAAGUCAAGAGAGCACAGCAGAAACAACGGGAGGAUCUAUUAGCUGCGCAAGAAAUUUUGCAAAAUGAUGGUGUACCAAAAGAAUCAGGACAAAAUUAAAUGCCGCAAUUGUGACAUUAAUCGAUCAAUUUCUAAAGAUUACCAAUAAUAACAAUGAUAGUUAUUUUGCUCCUGCUGGUCGAGAUUGCACGACAGAUGUACAGCUUGAGAUUGGUUUAGGGAUUUUAUGAGCAGCACAGGGAAUAAAGUUUUGACGAUUUUAUUAUAAAUGCAUGGCAAAUACAUAUUUUUACUAACUGAAGACUUAGAUUUUUCUUUUGUUACCUUGUUUUUGAUGUGACGAAAAUUCUAUUAUUUGUAUAACACACUGAAAACAUGUAAAAUAUUCUACCAUUUUAAUACAACUUUCAGUAUAGUAUGAAUAUAAUACAAUAUAAUUCUCAGAAUUAAAUGCGUAUUGUAUAUUCAAGAGUAAACAAAUCUCAACUAACUUCAUAAAAAAACAACAUUAAAUACUGAAAUGGAAAUACCUGUCAUUAGUUUCUACUAUGAGAAGGGUAAACUUAACAUGGAAAGAAAUAAAACUUUCAAAAUAUACUGAAAUUAACUAUCUUGUCAUUUUGGACGAUUGA